UUCUGGAUGGUCACAGCAGUCAUGCUACAGCAGAAUUUGACAAGUUCUAUACAGAAAGGAAUAUUAUUCCUUUAUAUGCCACCACAUUUGUCCCAUCUGCUUCAACCACUUGAUGUGAGCUGCUUCUCACCAUUAAAGUGCCUAUAUGGCCAGAAGACUGAGGAGGUGAUGCAAAACAGAAUCCAUUCUGUGGAUAAGGAAGACUUCCUAUAUCUCUAUCCUACAGUCCAUCAACAUGCUUUACCAUCAAAUAUUCGAAGCGGAUUUGCAGCAACUGGCCUAGUUCCAUUAUCACCAGAAAGAGUGCUUUCAAAGCUUCAUAUCCAGCUAAAGACACCAACACCACCGGUGAUCUACAGCACAUAG